GAAGAUGAAACUAUCGACUGAGUUUCGAAUUCUGACAGACGAGGACGCGCACAAACACGACACGGAAAAACUGAAGUCUUUUAAACAACAGCCCUGGUCGUGAGGAAUUGUUUUUCACGUAUGUUUUUUUUUAUCAUAACAGAAGAUGUUUGCACAAUAUCAGUGGCGUUUUCUCCUCGCGGAUACGCGCGAUGCCCUCGGAUUACGCGUAAUUUGAGAUUUCGUAAAACUUUAGGCGUUUUUCUGACGUAAAAAGUGACUCGUUUCGGUUUAAGAUUGAGCCAGAUGCCAUCCACUGUGCUGCUGAAAAGUAUUUCUACUGUGAAUUUGAAGGACAUUAAACUCAUUCUCAUGAAAAACAUCAUCUCAUACAGCAUAUUUCAACCACUACUUUCAGGAUAUUUUAUAUUUGACCACAAACUGAUGCAUGUUUGGUCACGGUCUAGAUAUGCAAAUACAUCAAAGUCUGCCACUCAAAAAGGAUUUUAAUUCAGAUUCAUUUCUGGUAGGUCUGAACUCUCAGGGUUGUGUGCAUCCCACCCUAUCCAUGACUGUGUGCCAUCAUCUCCACUGAGCAAUGCUUUGCAUCUUCCUACAUUUUCAAAAUGGCAAAAUGUGAACUAAUCGAAUUACAGGACUUGACUCCAAAUGACCGUAUUGAAUUAGCGUCACCUACUGGCCCUCCGCCCAUCCCUGGACAGACUUUGGACAGAUGGGGCACGGAGAAGGUGAUGCGGAUGGUGGGGGAGCGUGUCCGUCUGGAGGAUCCCUAUUGGUCGAUGGGUAAAUCCGGACUGGGGCACGACUUUCAGCCGAGCAGUCCGACGCAGCUCAGCUGGUGUGACCUCUGUGGGGAGUUUAUAUGGGGCCUGUACAAACAGAGCCUUCGGUGCACACACUGUAAUUACACCUGUCAUUACCGCUGUCAACCCUUUAUUCAACUGGACUGCAGCUUGACCUCUGACCUCAUCUCCGACCAAUCAAACUACUGCGAGGACACGAUUGAGACAGACACUAAUGUGGAUGAACAAGUGGACUGGAGGAAGCAAGAGCUCUCCAGCAGUGAAAUACAACAGAAGGUGAAGGAAUACAACGCUCAGGUCAACAGUAACCUCUUCAUGGUUUUGAAUCGUGAUGGUUCGUACACUGGCUUCAUAAAGGUCCAGUUUAAGCUGGCCAGGCCCGUGUCUAUCCCGCCCCCGCGGAACGUUUCCUCAUCUUCUCGGGAGGACAAAGCACUGAAGCAUCGCACCUCAUUUUACCUGCCCAGAGAUACAGUCAAACACCUCCACAUCAGCUCCAAAACCCGGGCCAGGGAGGUCAUAGAGGCUUUGCUGAAGAAGUUCACUGUGGUGGACAACCCAGCCAAGUACUCUCUGUUUGAACGCAGCGAGAGACAAAAUCAAGUCUACUUGAAGAAGAUAGCAGAUGAUGACCGUCCGCUUUUCCUGCGUCUGUGUGCCGGACCCAACGAGAAAGUCCUCAGUCUGGUUCUUAAAGAGAAUGAAACCGGGGAAGUUAAUUGGGACGCUUUCAGCUUUCCCGAGCUGCAGAACUUCCUGCGCAUACUGCAGAAAGAGGAAGAAGACUAUGUGCGGCAGAUCGUCCGCCGUUACGCCCUGGCACGCGACAAGAUGAACGACGCCAUGAAGAACUUCAGCACACCAGGCUGAAGCGAACACGGGCUACAUUUUGUACCUCUGAAACGAAAGAAGACGAAGAAGAAGCGUACAUGCACGGCCUAAAAUGGUUUGAGUACAAAGAGUGUGUGUGGAAGAACCUUCAGGUCCAUUAGGACAUGAUAUGGGUGAGAAAUGCAGUGCGAGUGUGACUGUUGUGCGUAUGAAGAGCGUAUGCAGACUUUACACUGAGAGAAAUACUGCUAUCCUAGCUGGAUUCAGUGGAAUGGCUGCAAUGGUGAAGUGACGUCUUUUGCCUGUUUGAUUGUGGUGAAUGGAACAAUGCAGAGUUCUGUUACAGAGUAUUUUUUAGGGAAAUAUUGAAAAAGUAUUUUACUGUAUUGACAUUCCAAGAUUUAGUGAUGUUUAUAUAAAUCAUUUUAUCAUUAAAAUAUCUAUGUAUAAAUAUCUGUUAAUUUCUUGGAAUAAUUAAUAAAAAGAAAAUAUUUUCCCGUA